AAUUAUGAUACUCAAUACUCAUAGUCAUCGCCUAAAUUAAUUUUACUAUGAAAAAACAUUGUCUUUUUUGUUGUCUUUAAUGAGAAAAUGAGAAACUGCCUUUCUUUUGCUGUACUUAGCGUUACGUUCAUGACUGUGACUUUUGGGUAUCCCGGGGAACAGAUUGAAGAGGCAGAAGAAGAAGCUUUGUACGCUUCAGAUGAAAAAGAUGCCAUUACAGGAGAACCAGAAAAAGAUGCUCAUCUAAAUGACUUGGUAGCAAUGACAAAUGUCACUAACAGUACAGUAGAAAGCAAUAACACUUCACAAAUGGGAAAUGACACUGAUAGUGAUGAAAUAGUCAUAGAAUAUGAAGAUGAGGAGGAAAAUAAAACAACUGAGAAAACCAUUAAAUUGGACCCAAUGACUCCUUAUGGUAUAUACGAAGGAGAUGAUGAAUAUUUGGAUACGACUACAAUAAAAGUGGAUCAAGCAAAAGUAGAUAGACUGCGAGAAAAACAAAAGAAUAAUCGUAAAGGAUUUGUCGCCAAGUGCACAUACACCAGAUACGUGCGCAUUCAAGACGAGUUUGGUUGUAAGAUGUGCACGUGUCUCUAUCAGAAGGCUAUGAUGAUCUGUUUUCCCUUCGAGUGCAAGGACCGAGGGUUUUUGGUCCAAGAACUGGACCCGGUGACCUAUAAUGAUUACGUUUUAGGAGUGCCUACGCAUUUUAGCGAAUACCCAUGCGAACCAGGAAGGAUGUACCAAUCCACACCUGUGUGUGAUUGUACGUGUGUUACAAAGGACAUCAUAUCCUGUCCGGUUGCUUGCCCACUCGGCAAACCGCUUAACUAGUGUGCCAAUAGAUAACUCAGCUUGUGCCAAUAGAUAGCUCAACUUGUACAAUACAAUACAAAUCCACUUUAUUGCAUAACCUCAGAAAUGUACAAAGGAACACACACAUUACAAUAAAUUUUAUUACAGAGGUAAACAACAGGCGGCCUUUUCGCUAAAGAGUCUAAAGACCAUUGUACCAAAAGACCACUCAAAUUUCUAAUAGAUCGCUCUACUAGUGUGGCAAAAAACGUUUUGAAUACUGUGUCAACUGAGUGGACAGUUUGAACACUUCCUUCGCAUUUUUUAAGUUAAUGCACCUUUCUUAAUGAACAGUAUAAAUGAACUAGAUUUAUAUAGAAGAAACAAGUUCAUUUAUUUGUAUGGCGGCCGGGCGUGUCAGAUUUUGUGCUGAAGUUGUUACAUGCCUGUGAUUUUAAAUAUGUCUCAAAUAUGAAUACUCAAGGGAGAGUGUUCAUAUUUUUUUUUUGUUUUUGCAAUCAAAUAUCACGUAACGAGGCAUUUUUAAUGUGUUUGUUGAGACGGACAACUCAGUGGAUUUUACUGAGUUCAUUUGACACGUUAAGUAGAUACGUUUGCUUGAUCUGUGGUAAAUAGAUGAACUUUAAAAUUGUGUUUUAUUUCCAAACCCUAUUGCAAUAGCAGAAGGUGCAUUGCCGUCUGUGCAAUACCCUUUAGAUAUUACCUAGGGUUGCAAAUAGAAAA